AUGUUAACGGGCAUAUCCGAGUACAGUGUUAUUUUUAAUAUGGUGCAUUUCAUCGCCUUACAGUGUAAAACGGUCUAUAGUUGUGUUUCCAUGGAUGUCUUCGAGGUGCAAAGGUACAUUGAACUCGAUCUAACGGCACAGCUGAACGAGUCAGUGGAGGAAAAUUUUGAGGAAGUUACAUCGAACAUAAUCAUUCUCUUUGCUGAUACUGAUCAUGCUGAGAUGAUCAUCCAGAACGUGCCGAUUUUCUCAAUGUCUGGUAAAGUGUGCAUACUCAGCGAACAAGCAUCCCUGGCUAGUCACUUACCAACAGGUUGCCUCUCAGUGCGACUACGUCAAAAUGCUCUAUCGGCAUUGCGUGAUGCAAUGAUGAUAAUACGUAAUGGUAUCGGUAUGCUCACCGAUUACGAUAUAGACCCACCGAAACAGUGCUCCGGUAAUAUGGUGAAUAGUGAGUGGACAAAUACAUUGGGCAAUAAACUUUACCGGCAUUUAAUAACAAACACAGUUUUCGAUGAUACGCCAAUUCAGUUCAACGAUAAGGGUGAUCGUAUCAAAACUGAUUACGAUAUCACGAAUUCGAUUGAUGGUAGACUACAGGUGAUCGGUCAUAUGAGUGGCACUCAACAACGCAUCGAAAUCAACGAGACGAAAAUAGUGUGGUUGGGUGGCACACGAACGAAGCCACUUGAGAUAACACUGCCAAAGCAUCUCCGUGCCGUUACCGUAUCCGACCAGCCAUUCGUUUACACCGUCCCAACAGUGGAUUCGGCAAGAUGCUAUCAAAUGCAAAGCUUCAUUGUUGAUGGUAUUAACGUAGAAGGGCCAUGGUUCGCAUGUCCUAGAAGAAAUAACGACAGCACGACAGAGAUGUUCUGCUGUGCUGGCUAUGCGAUUGAAUUACUGGCGAAUCUGGCU